UCAAUUUAGCGCAGCCCAUAUUUGAAAAAGCCCAAUAUAUAUUUGUACGACUGCACGGUUCCUCAGUUAGGGUUUUGCACCUCUGACUCUUACCGGCGGAUUCAAUUCUUGCGUUGCAACACCUAUCCUCCUAGUUCGUGGCAUCAUCUCUGCUCUGCAAUCAUGGGGAAGACACAUGGUAUGGGAGCCGGUCGCAAACUCAAAUCCCACCGGAGGAGGCAGAGGUGGGCAGACAAGGCCUACAAAAAAUCUCACCUCGGGAAUGAGUGGAAGAAACCGUUUGCCGGGUCAUCUCACGCCAAAGGGAUUGUGCUCGAGAAGAUAGGCAUAGAAGCUAAGCAGCCAAACUCCGCCAUUCGUAAAUGUGCUAGGGUUCAGCUCAUCAAGAAUGGCAAAAAGAUAGCUGCCUUUGUUCCCAACGAUGGUUGCUUAAAUUUCAUCGAAGAAAAUGAUGAAGUAUUGAUUGCUGGAUUCGGGCGUAAGGGUCAUGCUGUAGGAGAUAUUCCCGGUGUUAGGUUUAAGGUUGUGAAGGUUUCGGGGGUUUCGCUCCUCGCCCUUUUUAAGGAGAAGAAGGAAAAGCCCAGAUCUUAAUUGCUUGUCAUCUUCAGUGAAAUUUUGGGUGAGUUUUUAUCUAUAGACAUUUUUGCGCCUUUAAAUUUCUUGCUGUGACAAUGUUCAGUUGGAUAUUUAUUGAUGCUUCACUCAUAAAAAUUUGCCACAAAUUUGUUAUUUUAGAGUUCUAUAUUGAUACA